AUGUCGCCUAAGACGGUGUCGCUACAAGUGGUUUUAGUGAAGCGUAAUAAUUUCCACCACCGGUACCAAGUGCCAUUUGCAGGGCGCUUGGUCUACAAUCUGCCUCCAUUCUCCCACCUGGCUUGUCAAUUAGUCGCUGCUGUACAUCAAAAUCACUUGUCACUCAUAAGUUGUAACGCUACGUUUACGAUGGCGCCUCUCACUGACGAUGCCGACUACGAUGCCGGCCAAACUUUUUGUAGAUGUACUCAGCCAAUGGUUCAAUGCUGGAAAUCACGAAAACUAUGA